AUGAUGAAAGCCAGUUUGUUGUCUUGCUUCAGUCGAGCGGUGAAUCUGCUACGGCUGAACAGUAGGGAGCCGUCAUUCUUGACGAGGCCGCGAGAUCAUCAAGUUGAAGAAGAACUUCCGUUUCCGUCAACAGACCUUCAACAUCUACCAUCUACGGGGUUGGAGCGUCAUUAUGGGGAUUCGGGAUUGGAAACAGAUGAGCAAGCCAGCUGUGCUCGUGUACCCAUUACCGGACGUUCACAUGCAGAAGACCCGAGCGCGACGCCAGUUGACGUAGGUGGUGAUGACGAUGAAAGACGAACAUCGGUUCAUCUACCGAAAUACGCAUCGAAGAAUGCCGAAAGAGCACAGAAAACUGAAAAAAGACUGGCAUUACUAAAGCAACUCAAGAACAAACUAUCUUCACGGCGAGAGUUUGAAAAAUCACUUGAAGGACCAGGAGAAUCAGAGAAAGCCCCGCGGAAAUGUAUUUCAGUACGAAGUUUUUCUGGUGCUGAACUCCUAAAGGCACAGUGUAACGAUAACGGAGAUGUCGACCUAGCUGACAUACGAAACCGCCUACGGCGUAUGUGGGCUGAUGGUAGCGAUGUCCAACUGAUGCUCAUGGGUCCUCGUUGUGCGUCUUCCUCCGAAAUUUCUUCGUCUUCGUCUUCACGACCUGAACAUCCACCUCCGUCUUCUCAACCACAUGGAAAUCCAUCUCGAGAACAAGAGUUCUGGAUCCAAGCAGUUCGUUUGCCAAGUCCAGCCUACCGCUUUUUCGAAACUCUGCGUGAUACUGGUGAUUUCGACAGCACCAAGCCGCAGGUGUGGGAGUCGCGAGUUUUGUGGGAGGCUCUAGCUGGCGUUCGGCUGUCCGAAUUAGCCAAGAUUGCUUCUGAAGUCUUUUCGGAGCACCAGUACAGUGUCACACUCGGGAAUGUUUUCAAAGAAGAUGAUGAUCUUCAUGUUGCAGAAGAAGCCACAAGAACUGCUGGUAUUGCCGGACUGGAGCAGCAGGUCGUAGAGGAUGAAGAAAAUAAAGUCAUUGACCACGGGUCAGACACAACGGAAGAUGAGGAAGAGGAAAACAAACAGAUAAAGUCAUUGACAACGGAAGAGGAAGAGGAGCAACAAGAACGUAUUACUUGUACUAAUGGGGAAGUCGUUCUUGUACGUAAUGGAGAAGUCACUGUACCCAGGAAUGUUACUGCAAUGACAGCUGUGGAGGAGGAAGAUGACAUCAUCAGAGGCUCUCCUAUGGAUCUCGCUCCCCAACGAAGAGGACGGCAAGAAGGGGUUAGAGGCGUUUUUUCACAACCACUUAGGAGGAAUUCUAGACCUGCAACGGAGGAGGCAUCACAGUCGAAAUUUGCACCUAGGAAACGACGUUUAAGGGAUCCAACGUCGAGAAGAAGUAGUACGCCUGCUGUAGUGGAGGAUGUAGACCAAGAACGUCUUCAAGUCACAGUAGGUAGUACUAGUGCAACAACUGCCGCAACUGAAUCUCGUACUCGGCGAGGCAGAGAAGAUGCGAGCACAGUAGUUGAUAAUACAACCGCAGCUGUUGAACGUUAUCAUCAAGGCAGAGAAGAAGUGGAAGACCAAGGCCGCACUAUGGUACAACCUGCGAUAUUCGAUGCAGAAGAAGGAGACGACGAUGAAAUCAUGGUUUCCUUGCCAGAGGGUUCCAUCUGGGUGAAUGACGACCUUUUUGUCGACCACCUCACACUCGGCACAUCAUCAUCAGCAGUCUUGCGCUAUCCUAAGAGACAGAUCGUUGAUUUUAGUGCGGAAGAAGCAAGGAUUCUUGACGGCAGUCGAGAUCACGUACGUGCCGCGGCGCAUGAUGCCACUUUAAUUAACCCAGGGGACGAAGAGUUGGCGUUCUUUUUUUUGAAAAAGGGUGCAGAAGGCGAGAACCAUGGUCGUGGCUCCUGUCGCAAUUCGUGCCGUUCGCGGGUCCUCGUUUCAUUGACUUCUACAGCUAGUGGUGAGGGUACAAGAACGAGCGAAGCAGGGCUUCCUCUUCAGCAUGGACAAGACGACCACGAGUGUGAUUCCUGUCUUUCUCAUGGUAGGCCUCAAGACUACAGGGACGAACACGAACAUAUCCCAAACAGACAAAAUAGGCGUUUGUUUGUGGGAAAGAACAGCGCACAAGAACAUGGAAUAAAUCGACGCAGCUUUGGUUUACGGGUUACAAUUUUUGCAACACCUAAAUUGGGUAUGCAAGUAUUCCGAAUGCGCAUCCACGAAACCUUCAACCUCAUCAUUAUGAAAGCAUCGUCAAGGUUCAUCUUUCCCCACCGCUGAGGUCAUCUCAUCUCUCUGUUUGCUUCCUCAUUCGAGGCAGGAAUUCAUGAACCGAAAGAUGAACAAUCACUCUUUUGUUAUAAGCUCUAAUAGUGCGGAUGAUCAUGGAGGCUAUGUUAAUGUGUUUGAUAUACCUGGAUCCACGGUGAUUGACAUCAGACGAAAACUUCUGGGGAGGCCGAUCCUGGAGGAAGCGUGAUGUUCAUCUCCUUUUGCUACGAAGAUGGUUAUCAAGGACGACCACAUCAUCCUUCCCAACAUGGGCUCCAUGGAGGACCUCCUCAACAUGGGCAACAUGGGCAUGUUAGAGAUCAUCAUCAUGACCGACACUAUCACGGUCUUCGAGACCAUGUUGAUAGUCAACACGAGCAAGAUCACCAGCACUAUGAGCAACAUCAUUAUGGAACGAGCAGGGGUCCUAGAGGACGAGGAGAGGCCGAUCCUGGAGGAAGCGUGAUGUUCAUCUCCUUCUAGUCUAGCCUAAGCGAUUUUCUUGCGGUUCGUACCGGAUAAAUAGGGUCGUGAUUAGGUACUAGAACUGUACUUGGGAAUUCAAGGUUCUUGUACUUGGCGUGCAUGUAGUCAAGGUGAUAUUAACGAUGUUCAAAGCUAACGACUACGUAUGGUUGUCACUGAUGAAUGGGUAGUGAAAGGACACGUGGUUGCAAAAUGUGAAGCUUUUGUUUUUGCUGCCGGAUGAAAUGAACCUUUCACAAAGUAAACACUUGUCACACUUUUGGGAAAUUAGACGCAAUCAUCCAAUCUCGGUAUUGU